CACCAAGGCUGGCAGGUGGCUCUCUCUUUUGCGACCCUAUCUGGGGAUUCUGGGGGAGGAGCCGAAUAGGCUUGCUGCGGCCAGGAGCCGGGGUUUUCCGGGGGCGCGCCCCGGGCGGCCGUGCAUUCCUCAGCAGCGGCGCGCCGCGCCCUAGUGCCGAGCCACGCGUCCCGACUGCUCCUGCGCUCAGCCGCCUGUCCGGGCGCCAAGGGGUCUGGGGUUCCUGGCGCGGGCCAGGGUCGUUUUCAGCUCCAGCGGUCCCCAGACCUGGAAGAGCGCUCAGAAAUCCUGUGCCGGGAACUUUCCGCGAUUCGCAGCGACGGGAUCGUGAGGUUGACAGCAGCUCGGCGAUCGCGAGUGAAGCAGCAUGGAUGCUGUCAGCCAAGUGCCUGUGGAAGUCGUGCUCCCCAAGCACAUCCUGGACAUCUGGGUCAUUGUCCUCAUCAUCCUGGCCACCAUUGUCAUCAUGACCUCCUUGUUGCUGUGCCCCGCCACCGUGGUCAUCAUCUAUCGCAUGCGGACUCACCCUAUUCUUAAUGGAGCUGUCUGAGACCUACCCCCAAGAGGGCCAGGUCGGGCUGGGGACCAGCCUCCCUUCCCAAAGCCUCCCCUUGUUCUCUGAAAGGCAGAAGGAAGGACUUCAGAACUUGGACUUGAGUUCCACUGUUGGUUUUGCCCCUGGCUAGCUGUGUGAACUUGGAAGAGGAACCUCACUCCGUUCCAGGUUCCUUGUCUUUCAAGUGGGGAUCAUGGUCCCUGUGCUUCCUACCUCACAGGGUUGUAAGAACCAGUGGACUUGGUGGAGGUGAAAACUUGAUGAACAACAAAACCACUGCAGGAUGCCAGCCUUACGCUGUUUGUAGAGAAGCUUGGAAGAACCAAAAAAUCUGACUGCUAGUGAUGGCUCAAGGUGGCAAGGGAGACAGUGAGGGUAGAGUGGACCUGCCCAGUGCCCCCAAGGACAAACAAGCAAGAAACACCCUGUCCUUCCAGGAGAUGUGCAGAACACUGGGUCACAGUUAUUUUCCUUGAGCUGUCAUUCCUCAAGUCUUCUCCUUUGACAGGGAACUGAGAAUGACAUGGGGAGAGAGAUGCAUAGAGCUUUCUACAACCUUCUCUCUGUCAGAAUCUCUAUUCCUCGGCAUUCUGGGGGAGAGUUUUGCCAUUUUGCGGGGGGCAAUGUCAUGGGGGUUGGAGCUAGAUUUUCGUGUGUGUGUGUGUGUGUGUGUUAAUUUUGACAUUCAAGUGAUAUUGGAGGAUGCAGAGUGGCCAAGUGCCCUGUCCAGCAUUCAGGAUGUGCAGCCCCUGUCCUUUCAUACGUCCCACCCUCGAGGGGCUCUGGCCCUCCGCACCAGCUCCUGCGUUGUUUAGUUCUAUGUGUAGCCCUUCCCUACCUCCACUAGCACCACAGCCAAGCCCAGGUACCUUUCUUUAAGAGAUGCUCCCAGGACUUCUGGAACAAGCUCAAGACAAUAUUGUUCUUUUAGAUGCUGAUUUAUAUUUAUACAGAGUUAUUCCUGGACCACCUAGGCUCUCUGAUAUCAAGAAUCAGGAGCAUCUUGGUAUUCAUUUAUUAAAUUAUGUAAGAAGAUAGCACAAAUAUGAGGAUACUGUUGUGUGAAAAUUAUACUAUUACUUUGAUUUCAUUGGUGUGCACAACCAAUUUCCAAUAAAGUGCUAGAAUGAG